AUGGUGCAUGAGUUUAUGGAAAUCCACACAUCAGCGGGAGGAAUAAAUGCGGACUCAAGGGGCAUCGCUGCACAGCUUGCAGAGCCGGCGAGCAAGGCACCUCCCCUUCGGAAUGGCCGGUGUCAUGUGUCACGCCGAGAGAGGGGGGACAACACGCUAAUGCCCAAAAACAACUCUCAGGUGGUCCGCUUCACUCCACUGGCCGCCCUGCUGCGUACGUGCACGUAUGUAAUGUUAUGCUCCCCCCGUUGUGCUGUUGUAUCCCACGCAGGGCACGGCGGCGUGAACCAGCUCGGUGGGGUGUUUGUGAACGGCAGACCCCUCCCGGACGUGGUACGGCAGCGGAUCGUGGAGCUGGCCCACCAAGGGGUCCGGCCCUGUGACAUCUCCAGACAGCUACGGGUCAGUCACGGCUGUGUCAGCAAAAUUCUCGGCAGGUACUACGAAACGGGCAGUAUUAAACCGGGGGUCAUCGGGGGCUCCAAACCCAAGGUCGCGACCCCCAAAGUGGUGGAUAAGAUUGCGGAGUACAAGCGCCAGAACCCGACCAUGUUCGCCUGGGAGAUCCGGGACCGGCUCCUGGCGGAGGGGGUGUGCGACAACGACACGGUGCCCAGCGUCUCGUCCAUCAACAGGAUUAUCCGCACCAAAGUCCAGCAGCAGUUCCACCCAUCCCCCGACGGAUCCGUCACGCCGCUUUCCACGCCAGGACACACCAUCGUUCCCAGCACGGCAUCCCCGCCCGUGACCAGCGCCUCCAACGACCCGGUUGGGUCCUACUCCAUCAACGGCAUCCUGGGAAUCCCUCGCUCUAACGGCGAGAAGAGGAAACGAGACGAUGUUCUCUGGAGUGGCAACCACUUGGAUGGAAGGAAAAUAGGACAUUGCGGCUCGGACGGUUCAGGCCCGGGCAGCGAUUCUCAGGGCAGCGUGGAGAGUUUAAGGAAGCACCUGCGAGCGGACGCCUUCACCCAGCAGCAGCUGGAGGCCCUGGACCGCGUGUUUGAGCGCCCGUCCUACCCGGACGUCUUCCCCACUUCCGAACACAUCAAACCCGAGCAGGCCAACGAGUACUCCCUCCCAUCCCUCAACGCCGGCCUGGAAGACGUGAAGCCGAGCCUCUCCAGCAGCGGCAGUUCCGAGCUGGCCUCAAGCGUUUCCCAGAGCUACUCGGUUGUGACAGACUCUCACCCAUCCCAUCCACCCUCCAUGUGUGUAAAGCGGGAGCCCCAUGAGGCAUCCUUUGCCCCCUUCACCCCCUCCUCUGUCGGGGACUCGGCUCUGGCAUCUGACAUCUUGUCCCACCAGUCGAGCCUCUCUGUAGAUGCCUCCACUGCCCAUGGCGCUUGCUACAGCCACUAUGCCGGCCAGCAAUUUAUAGCAGGUCGAGAUAUGGCGAGCACCACCUUACCGGGCUACCCGCCUCAUGUACCCCCGACGGGGCAAGGCAGCUACCCCACCUCAACACUUGCUGGAAUGGUUCCAGGCGGGGACUUCUCCGGAAACCCUUACUCUCAUCCACAAUACACGACUUACAACGAAGCAUGGCGAUUCAGCAAUCCAGCAUUACUAAUGCCGCAUCCCGUGGCUCCGCACCUUCCGCUGCUGCCGCUGCCUACGACCGCCACUAGUUACCACGGAGACCAGCUCAAACUGCAAGGCCAGGGCUACAGCCUCCACAUUGUCCCCGUCUGAGAAAACACAAAGGGAAUUUCGAGGAGGGAUUCCGCGAGGAAAGCCGGCGGGUCACCAGCUUCGCUUUUCGAGGAAGGACGGCAACGCACCGAGCGCCGCUUCACACUUUGGGCCAUAAGAGUCACGGGCGCCCCCCCUGCCCUGCCCCCUAACCCCCCCGUCACAUAUUACAACCAUCACGCCUGAACAUUUCCAAAAUGACUUUGCAGAGAUUAUAUAAAUAUAUAUAUUAUGAAAUAUAAAUUGAAAAAGUGUGAAGACUUCAACGCGGGGAAACGUGGGCUUUUAUUUUUGACUCUUUGUUGCUGUUGUUGGCUGUCGUUGUUCUUUUACUCAUGCAUCCUCACAUUCCGUUACAUUUGAAGCGCAGUAUUCUUCUUCUGGUCCAAUGAUAAACAGGAAAAGGCGGGAAUGGCUGGAUGGAACAGCGGAUGAAAUAACAUGCUGGCUCUUAAGUCCUUAAAUCCUGAAUUGUGUUCCAGCGUCACGGUGCUGCCAUAAGAGACGUGCAUCUCCAAAAAAUUUCAACUAGUAACUUCUCCCAGCGGGCGGCACGGUGGUCUAGGGGUUAGCGCGCAGACCUCACAGCUAGGAGACCAGGGUUCAAUCCCACCCUCGGGCAUCUCUGUGUGGAGUUUGCAUGUUCUCCCCGUGCAUGCGUGGGUUUCCUCCGGGUACUCCGGUUUCCUCCCACAUUCCAAAAACAUGCUAGGUUAAUUGGCGACUCCAAAUUGUCCAUAGGUAUAAAUGUGAGUGUGAAUGGUUGUUUGUCUAUAUGUGCCCUGUGAUUGGCUGGCGACCAGUCUAGGGUGUACCCCGCCUUACGCCCGAAGACAGCUGGGAUAGGCUCCAGCACCCCCCGCGACCCUCGUGAGGAAAAGCGGUAGAAAAUGAAUGAAUGAAGUUCUCCCAGCAGCAUGGACCGACCGUUCUUCCGGACGUUGGCAACCAUGACCUCCGAUAUAACACCGCUCCUUGAAAAUUUGCCACUGUUUAGUACGAGACCCGAAACCGAAAUAGCUAGUCCAAGGGAACAGAGAGUUGUGGUUUACUCACGCUCAGGAAAACACUGCCCCUAGCGUUCUGGUGGAGGAUUGCACGUCAGGACGUCGUAGCGCUGUAGCGUAAUUCAGCCUCGACUUUGGUGCUUCAGUAGAACGCCACACUCCAGAAACCCGCCGACAAAUAAGCGGCAACACGUGGCAAACAAUCAGAUGUAAAAAAAAUAUAUAUAUGUUAAUUGUUUUUAAAAAAAAAUAAACUUGGCGACCUUAUACUUAAAAUUGCCUCGCUGGAAUUUUAAAUGUUAAGUUAUUUUUUCCCCCUGUCAUAAAUUUUAAUGUAUAAAAAUGCAUCCAAUUUUGAAAGUAGUUGUCACACUUUGUUUUGCACUAUACUUAAUUAUCGGACUUAUUUUCCAAAUUCUCGCGUAGGAAAAACACAACGGAGGCAGACGGGCCGAGGUGGCGCGCGUAGACAUCGGUAGAAGCGACGGACUUUGUAAGCCAUAGCUCCUUGGCUACACGAAGAAGACUCCUAUUCAGCUACUUAGUCAUACCACUAGAUGCCUACAGUUGCGCAUACCGACUGUAAACUAGCUUCAACGUAUGCCUUAUAAACAACAUGACAUUGAUUUGCCUUUACCGAGUCGUCAACGCCACCGUUCCGCGACUGGCAUCGAACUCUCCCCUUGCAGACUGAAAGAAAAUCCUGUCUUUUCUUUUUUUUUUUUUGCGAAUAUUUUGUGAAUGUACUUUGAACUACAUUUGCCAAAGACUUAGUUUGAUAUUUAAUAUUUUAUUUACAGUGUACGUGUGCGUCAAUGAAGCAGUAUUAUCUUCCAAAACAAGUAGUCGACACUGACGCGAUGCAUACAAAACGGCGGACAACGGCGCCGCUUUGUAGAGCGAUUUUUGUGAAUAUUGUGAAGACAAUUCUUCUUUGUAAAUAUCGUCAUACACUACUGAAGCGGCUUCCCUUUGUAGAUAAACGGAGCGAUGCAUUUACGUGUGUGUCUUUAUUGUCGAGUUGUGCUGUUAGAGGAAGGCGCGACCCGCUGUGUAACCCGAGGCGACGUACACGCCCGUUUGUAGCAGGCUAACAUAAGUUGUCCGUGUCAUUUUCUCCUCAUGAUAAUGCCAUGAUGUUUUUUAUGUCACUAUGCAACAAAGUUAAAUGGCUUUCUGUAUCAUCUUUUGUCGCUGGGCUCGGACUAACGCUUCCGCAGGAAAGUGGAGGACGUUGGUUUUCGUAAAGGGUUUAGUCCUCGGCUACAAUCAACACCACCGUCCCGUCAGCCGUUUAUAGACGUUGCCAUCAUACACUCGGCGGUCCCAAUGUACAGACGCAUCCAUCGCCUCCCCUCCCGACUGGGAGUCGACGUCAUCUGGCACGACGGUGAUGUCAGACAAACAGACCGUCCUCUUGGAAGUUGCACUUCUCUCCGCACGCCGCUCAACUUGUGCAAAAAAAGGAGGACGGACAAAGUGAGAUGGAUGGAAUCUUAGCUGUGCUAAGUGGAACGCCUCGGAGGGAAAUGUUGUAAAGAUGAUACAGGAGAUGUGUCAUGGACAUUAAAAAAAAAAAAGGAUUUCUGAGGAAAAAAUCUAUAUGGAAAAAGCCCUGUGGCCUCAAUCAUUGCUCUGUUUCGGUUCUGUUCCAAUU